UGUCACAUUUUCGUAUAUAAACAUCUCCCGACAGGUGAGCAGCUCUUUGGAGUCAACUCUGCCAAAGAAAACAGAAAGACAGACGGCGAAGAUGGCAAUGAUGCGACCAGUCCGACUGAUGUGCGGUUUUCUUUUGAUCUUCUCGGCAAUAGCAGAAGCAUCCUCCACAUGCGGUGCUUACGAUUCCCGAUUCAGCAUGUGCUGCAAUGGCGUCCUACGAUCUCGCAGUGGAAUAUUCCCAGACUGCUGUGGAACACAGGCUUUUGAUUCCAAAUUCAGCAUGUGCUGCAAUGGCGUUAUCCAAUCUCGCAGUGGAAUAUUCCCAGACUGCUGUGGAACACAGGCUUUUGAUUCCAAAUUCAGCAUGUGCUGCAAUGGCGUUAUCCGAUCUCGCAGUGGAAUAUUCCCAGACUGUUGUGGAACACAGGCUUUUGAUUCCAAAUUCAGCAUGUGCUGCAAUGGCGUUAUCAGAUCUCGUGUGGGAAUAUUCCCAUCGUGCUGAGACCCGGGUAAUUCUAGCGUAUUGCGUAAAGCGAGUGCAUGUUGCCACAUUUUAUUUGUGCUGAAGUGGUGAGACCAAACACAAGAAGCUGCUAUAACCAACAUGCUGAGAAAACGAAGGACUUGGGCGAUUCAUUGCACAUGCGCCGCAAGGGACAACAUGCCUUUCUCUUCCGUAAUACCAUGGUAACAGCCUACCUGAAGUGCUGAUGCCUAUUGGUCAACAAUCUUUUUACCAUGGUUAUGCUUUCUCUGAAGGAGCAUUAAAGUGUCAGAAUAAAUUAUAAUUUGUAAUGCAAAA